UCAACUGAGUGGGAGGAAGGGCAAGCUUCAUCGGCGGCAUCUGUAAUGCUGAAAACGUGGCCGGGGAUGCCAAGAUUGGGCACCCGUUUGGGCCAUUUAAUUGCAUCCGCCUAGCUUUCCAAAAGGCCUCCUCUUAAAGAGCUUUGGCCCAGUUCUUGAAGCUCAAGGCAUAUUCGUGGACAGCUCCUUGGAGCAAUGGAUCUUUGGUUUUCUGGGAACAUCUCCCCCACUUGAGCAAAAAAAGGAUGCUGGGGAUGCCUAGGAUCCGGCUGGGUGGUUUCGCCCCCCUCCAUCCUCCUGUCUGGAGAAUGAGCUAAAACCCUGGAAGCCCUUGGGCAUAACUCUGCCCUUGACAGACCUGCCACUUAGGAUUAACCAAGAGUUGCAACAUCUGUUCCUAGCACGCUGUGUUCGGAAAGCUUGCCAGAGUGAGGCAGGCCGGCCGAGGCAGCGACACCCGGCAACCUUGGCCAGCAGUUGUGCGGAGACUGAAGGGCAUCGUCUCCCUCAAAAAAGCACAGAAGAAUUGCAGAGCGUGGCAUCCCAUCCCCAGUCAAGCGUGGCGACGAUUAUUCCGAUGGGGGUUUGGAUCUUCCCAAGAGAAGGGCACUUGUGAUUCAGCGAGGACACAUGGCUCUGUGGCCGAGCGACGAGAUUCCGUUCCAUCACUGCAGGGAAUAAUAUUUCUUUUGAAAAGGAGCCGGGAAGAGAAUGUCCUAUCUCAAGUCGACUGGCAGGGAACUGGAACGCUUUGACGGACUCUCUCUCAUCUAUUGGACACUAAUGGGACCAUAUGGCAUGGAUCGGACCGUGCAUUGCAUCGAAUUCUAUGACUGCACCAAUGGCCUGGGUAUCAAAGUGAUCGGUGGGAUUAAAGAGUUCAGCGGAGAGGAAUAUGGAGUUUAUGUCAAGCGGAUCCUACCUGGAGGCAUUGCUUAUGUCGAUGGUCGCCUUCAGUCGGGAGACCAGAUUUUAGAAGUGAAUGGAGACAGCCUUCUUGGUGUCACCAGCGAGAGGGCUGUGGAUAUCCUCAGGACAGCUUCAGCCACCAACCACAUGCGCCUUCUUAUCGCCCGUGAUGAUGAUGCCCGGAGGGAGUUCUCCGAGCUCUUGGAGAAAUACGGCUCUCACAGCAACACUGGUUCAGCACGCAGUUCACCUGUUCUCCACGGCGGAGGUAGAUAUUUGGAAAGCACAUCCUCGGGGUCCUCAUCUCGUUCCCAGAGUCCUUUGUUGCUGAGCCCAGCCAAUUCCCAUGGACCACUGAUCGGAAACCCAGGACAUUCACCAAACACACUCUCACAUUGCUCCAUUGAAACCGGGAUCCAGAGCAUCACAAUCGCCAAAUCCUUUGGCUUGGGCCUGACCGUGGGUGGAGGGGCCAACAGGCCAGAUGGACCCAUGGUCUAUGUCCAAGAGCUACAAGCAGAAGGAGACUGCUUCAGGGACGGGCGUCUGCGGGUCGGUGAUCAGCUAAUUGCAGUCAAUAAGGACUCCUUGGUGGGUGCCACCUACGAAGAGGCCAAAAGGAUCUUAGCCAAGACAAAGUUCAGACAUGAGGGAAACACUGAAGUGGCCUUCAUUCCUGGACGGGUCCGGUUGCAUCCAGGAUUCUUGGCUCACAACAGCAUCCAUUCCUCCCCAACGAAGGCCAUUGGGAAUGGCCUGGGUCCUUGCCGCUUGAAAGUCCAUGUCAGGUCCCCCGAGAGCAGACAUGACAGUCCCUUUCCAGUGCCUUCUCCAUCACCAGAUAUCUGCCCUCCAGAACUCACCAUAUCUGCUCCUGUUUCCCCAUCUAACCAGCGAGCCAUGCCAGCCACCAAGCCCAAAGUCACCCUGGAUCCUCACAUUCGUCUCAAAGAUGGCAAACUUGAACUGAUGCUGCAGUAUCUGAGUCUUGACGUGAGUGAGGAGAAGAAGAGGCAGCUCAGGCAGAGUCUGACUACAGACUCACAAGGAACAGUGGCUUAUGGCGAUUUCCUCCAAGCUGUCAGAGAUGUCCUGCCGGAGGAGCUGGAAGAGGCUGGUGUCAAUUCCAAUUCUGUGCUCUUCACUCAACACGAAGUGGCCACUUUGCUGGAUACGUCAGCUUUCCAUUCCCAGACAUGUGACUCUAUCAGUUGCACCGACAGUGAAGAGAUGGAACAACUGCAGCUGGAAACAGCAGACCUGCGGCAAGAAGUCCGGAGGUUAAAAUCCCUCUUGAAGGAGGUAGAGAGCAACAAGAAGUCCAUGGAAGAGGAGCUCCAGAGAUUGAACCAGAAAGCGCUGGGCUUCCUCUCAGAGAACCGAAGCCUCCAUGGCAAGCUUCAGGUGGCUGAAGUGUCCCAACGGCAAGCCCACAGUGCAGAGCAAGAUUACGAGGAAGUGAUCCAUUUGUUGGAGGCAGAGAUCGCGGAGCUGAAAACUCAGCUGGUGGGGAAGAAAACCAAGCAAGCUUCAGAAGCAGAGAAUGAUGUCUUAGAGAUGAAAAGGCAGCUAACCCUGACUGAUGGGCAGUUGAGAAAGUCCGAAGUUUCCCGGAAACGCCUGGAAAUCCUUAACAGGAAGCUGCUCCUGUUUGUCCAGAACGCCCAGAAGCUAUUAAGUCCUUCCUGCACAUUGCCAGAGGAGAAGAGAGCCAACAUUCAGGAUGAUGAAGAGAAAACAAGGAAGCCCUUGGAAGCGACUCCUCCGUCUUCAGAUGUUGUAGGCAUCUUGAUAGCAGAGGCGAAUGAACUGUUGGAACCUGUGUCCAUGUCUAACGCUGCAAAAGACGCUUUAUUGCACAACUGGGACGAUUGCCCAGCUGGGAAUGCGACUCCAGACUACAAAGACCAUCUCCAUCAGAAGACAACGUGGCCACCACCACCGCCUCCUCCUCCUCCAAGUGAGAACAGCGGGCAGGAUCUACAAACCCAAAGCACUUCUUCGAAGGAUCCUUCUGACAAGCCAGCAUAAACUUCUCCACCGCCAGAGGCUCCAGGUUUCCACCGUGACUUUUUCCAAACACAGAUUUGGAGUCAGAAGCACAAAGACCCGGGUGUAAGGAGAAGACACAUCUCUCAGUGCUUUCUUCAUUUCUUUUUGGAAGACUGACAUUCCCGAUCCGUUCAUAAACUAAGCAACAAGCGCAUCCUCUUGGAUGGAUGUCUCUGGAUUGCUUCAUACAAACCAGCCUGUUUCCCUCAUUUUGCAGCUUUGGAAGAAUAAAACAGUCAAGGAAAGUAUGACUGCAGGUAUCUGAACUGGAGACUUGAACCUCCAGCUGAAUGGAAAACCCAGUGUCCUUCAUAUUUCCUUUGAAAAACCAAAGUACUUUUUUCUGGCUGUUAGUUAAGUAGCUCGGUUUUUAGCAGUUCUGCAUAGCUAUCUAUGGAUGCAUCACUGCCUCAGUUGGGUAGGCUCUCAAUGCUGUCAAGGAUUCCUUGACUGACUUGAUAUUUGGGUCAUAAGUAAAAUGGAUGUUCCAGACAAACUGUCUUGGGUUUAAAACAUGGGGAAGGAAAUAAUAUUCCUUUGGCAUUGGUUUUCAUGUAGUUAGCAAAUACCAUGGUAGGAAUCGGAUGUGAGCACAACAUUUUGGCAAAUAAAAGUGAAAACGCUG